ACCAGGCAGGUAUACAUGUAUUUUCUCUGUUGUGCGUUGUAAUACCCCCCAUUAUUUCCCAUGCACCACGCUGCAGAGCCACACUGACUCCCAGGUUAUCAGGAGGGGGGAAGCCUUCCCCGUGACGUCACGCUGGGAUUCCUCCUAUGCUCUGAUACAACUUUCCCUGCACUCAGUCAGCUAUCGCCAGCUGGAGCCUCCGCACCAUCUACAGGUCUCAUCCAGAGUGCUGCACAGUAUCUGCUUUGUGAAUGAGCUCUCCCGACCACAGGAAGUACCAGACACGAUCAGUAUCGCCCAUUCUCUGCAACAGACAGCACAAAGAGCAGAUCCUGCUGGGUCUAUGGAUUGGCUGGAGACCAGAGCAGCGUUUGGCUAAUGAAGGAGCACCUGCUGGAUGAGGAGUCCUAAACCCCUUGUUGCUGUCAUGCCCAGGAAUAGAACUGUAUAGAUGGCAUACACUGUAGAGGAUAUACUGCAAUGUGACCACAACUGACUUAUGCACAAGUCUUCCCAAUACUGUGGGUUUAGCUGGAGAAAAAUAAUAUUCUGCAAACUUUUUUUUUUUUUUGGAUCAUAAACGAUUUAACCCAUAAUGAUCUGUGGCUCCAGUCUGGAAGAACUGAAUGGGACUGACUCAGACUGCAGUGAUGAGGUAGGGAUUGUAGUCAAUGUUGGGGGUAUUAGGCAGAUCCUAUAUGGAGACAUCUUGAAUAGGUACCCAGAAACCAGGCUGGCAGAGCUGCUGACCUGCCUGGCUGGGGGCUACGAUGCCAUAUUCUCCCUUUGUGAUGAUUAUGACCCAGGGAAGAGGGAGUUCUAUUUUGACAGGGACCCUGAUGCCUUCAAAUGUAUCAUUGAGGUGUAUUACUAUGGGGAGGUGCACAUGAAGAAGGGGAUAUGCCCCAUGUGCUUCAAGAAUGAAAUGGAGUUCUGGAAAGUGGACUUGUGUUUUCUGGAUGACUGCUGUAAGAGCCACCUGAGCGAGAAGAAGGAGGAAUUGGAAGAGAUAGCCAGGAGGGUCCAGACCAUCUUGGAUGAUCUAGGAGUGGACACCUCUGUGAGCAGAUGGAAAAGGUUUCAGAAGUACCUGUGGAAGUUCAUGGAGAAACCAGAAUCCUCCUUCCCAGCCCGGGUUACUGCGGUUCUAUCUUUCCUUUUUAUCUUGAUCUCCUCCAUUGUGAUGUGUGUAGGGACCAUCCCUGAGCUCCAGGUGGAGGACUCUGAGGGCAAUCACAUAGAGCACCCAACUCUAGACAACAUAGAGACAGCAUGCAUAGGUUGGUUCACCCUGGAAUAUGUUCUGAGGCUCAUUUCCUCCCCUAACAAACUCCACUUUGCCCUCUCAUUUAUGAACAUCAUUGAUGUGUUGGCCAUCCUGCCCUUUUAUGUCAGCCUCAUCUUGACCCACCUAGGGGCAAGUAUGAUGGAGCUGACAAAUGUCCAGCAAGCUGUCCAAGCCCUGAGGAUCAUGAGGAUUGCCAGAAUCUUCAAGCUUGCCCGUCACUCUUCUGGGCUACAGACUCUCACCUAUGCCCUCAAGAGCAGUUUCAAAGAGUUGGGACUCCUUUUGAUGUACCUUGCAGUAGGAAUCUUCGUUUUCUCAGCCCUGGGUUACACAAUGGAGCAGAGUCACCCAGACACUUUGUUUAAGAGCAUUCCUCAGUCUUUCUGGUGGGCCAUCAUUACCAUGACCACGGUCGGAUAUGGUGACAUCUACCCUAAAACCACACUGGGCAAACUGAAUGCUGCUACAAGCUUUCUUUGUGGGGUGAUUGCUAUAGCCCUCCCCAUUCACCCCAUCAUCAACAACUUUGUUAAGUAUUACAACAAACAGAGAGUUUUGGAAACAGCCACAAAACAUGAACUAGAGUUAAUGGAGCUACACUCCAGUGGAGGGGAUCUCAGAGGGUCCAAGGAAGUGUCAGAAGAUGUGUCUAUUUGGAGUCACUUGAAAGCCUCCCACAGUGAUACAUUCAUUCCAGCCUUAUCCAAGGAAAAGCCUCACAGAACCAGACUGCAAAGCUGCAAAUAAGAGCCUCAUGCCUCCCAAUACACAUUACUGCAUCUUAGCGUCAGUACACUGCUGCAACAUCUACACCAGCCUCUGUUACCAGGAACUGACUGCUGAAGAAAUCUGUAUAGAUUGUAUAGGUGAAUUUAUGUUACCAUGAACAUGGAAACAAGUGGUUCUAUGAAUAAAAAAAAAAUAUACAGUAUAAAGAUCCCUAUAUGUGCCAGCCAAGUGGUAUGUACAAAAUCCAUAUAUGACAUUCAAUAAAGAACUCCAUGAUUUCUCUUUA